AUGGAAGCACACGCAGAAAGGCCCUGGACCGAGCAUGAAAAGGUCGAGCUACUGGCCGAGAUACUCAAAGCUGGUCCGAUACCUUCACAUGUGCUACUUGGGAUCAUCCGAGACUCUGGGAUCCAGCUAAGAUGGCAGGAUAUCCCAUUGCCGCAUGGCCGCUCUAUGAGAUCUUGUCAAGACGCAUUCGACGAAAUGGCUCGUGCAGGACAGCAGCCUCCUUUCGACUUUCGCAGACCCCAACCUCUCGCUGGUCCAGUACAUCUACCGGCCCCGGAAAUCUCGGAACGUCGCCUACUCCCUCCUAACUCUUCGACUAACCUCGGCCGCUUCAUACAGCCUCGACCUCCGCAUCCGUACCCCCCAGAUGUGCUCAACCAGCCGCCGUACAUGGGCUCGCCAACGGGCGAAGGCCGUGAGAGGAAGAAACGUGGACGGCCGACAAAAGCAGAAGCUCAGGCUAGAGCAGAGGCAGCAGCUGCACGGGGGGAAACUUAUCCACCACCAGCGAAGCGGUCAAAAACUGGACGUUCGUCUUCGGGAGCUGCCGAAGGAGGGCCCAUGCCUAUGACACCCGGUUCGGCGCCGCCUAUCGCGCCCCUAACGACGCCGCCUCGAGCGAGGGGCGUCCACGCGCCUUCUGAGACACCGAGUACUGGAAGACGCAAGCGUGGCAGACCAUCAAAGACGACGAAACCCGAGGAGCAGGAGGAGCAGGGGCUAUCGCAAAGCCAAGGAAGCAGUGGUGGGCUCGGGCCACCUUAUAUGGAAACUACGCCAUCGGGGCCGAGCGACAGGCCUGGAUACGCCCGGCCGCAUCCUAUAGGUCCGCUCGCUCAUCCAGCUGUACUGGAACACCGUGAGCAGGAACCGCGAAUGGAAGGAACAGAGGAAUUUCAACAUCGAACCACAACGCCACACUCGUUCAAAGACACGGUCGGGAUAUGA